GCGCCAGCAACAGGAUCUCAGCAUGACACCGGAAAUGUGGUAGAAGAAGAACAUCGCCAGCCCGAGCUAACCUAAACUAGCCUAACUGUCCUGCUUGUCUUCCAAAACAAACUGCUAUAAAAUUAAGAAACAUGCCGGCGGUUUCAAAAGGAGACGGGAUGCGCGGGCUCGCUGUUUUCAUCUCUGACAUCCGGAACUGUAAAAGUAAGGAGGCUGAGAUCAAGAGAAUAAACAAAGAGUUGGCCAACAUUCGCUCCAAAUUUAAAGGAGAUAAAGCUCUGGAUGGCUACAGUAAGAAGAAGUAUGUGUGUAAGCUGCUGUUUAUUUUCCUGUUGGGUCAUGACAUCGACUUCGGCCACAUGGAGGCAGUGAACCUUCUCAGCUCCAACAAAUACACUGAGAAACAGAUAGGCUACUUGUUUAUCUCAGUGCUGGUGAACAGCAACAGCGAUCUGAUCCACCUCAUCAACAACGCCAUAAAGAAUGACCUGAGCAGCAGGAACCCCACCUUCAUGAACCUGGCACUGCACUGCAUCGCCAACGUGGGCAGCCGAGAGAUGGCCGAGGCGUUCGCUUCGGAGGUGCCACGCAUCCUGGUGGCAGGAGACACAAUGGACAGUGUGAAGCAGAGUGCGGCUCUGUGCUUGUUGCGGCUCAACCGGACGUCCCCGGAUCUGAUCCCCAUGGGCGAAUGGACGUCACGUGUUGUACACCUUCUCAAUGAUCAGCACCUGGGAGUGGUGACAGCAGCGACGAGUCUCAUCAUCACUCUGGCUCAGAAGAACCCAGACGACUUUAAGACCGCCGUGUCUCUGGCUGUGGCCAGACUCAGCAGGAUUGUCACAUCAGCAUCUACAGACCUGCAGGACUACACGUAUUAUUUUGUUGCAGCUCCGUGGCUGUCAGUCAAACUGCUUCGCCUGCUGCAGUGUUAUCCACCACCAGAGGAUGCAGCGAUUCGUGGACGCCUAACCGAGUGCCUGGAGACGAUCCUGAACAAAGCACAGGAGCCUCCCAAGUCCAAGAAGGUGCAGCACUCCAACGCCAAGAACGCAGUGCUGUUUGAGGCCAUCAGUCUCAUCAUCCACCAUGACAGUGAGCCGACGCUGCUGGUGCGAGCCUGUAAUCAGCUGGGUCAGUUUCUGCAGCACAGAGAGACAAACCUGCGCUAUCUGGCCCUGGAGAGCAUGUGCACGUUGGCGAGUUCGGAGUUUUCCCACGAGGCUGUAAAAACUCACAUUGACACUGUGAUUAAUGCACUAAAGACUGAGCGUGAUGUGAGUGUGAGGCAGCGUGCUGUGGACCUUCUCUAUGCCAUGUGCGACCGUAGCAACUCCAAACAAAUUGUCGCUGAGAUGCUGAGAUACCUGGAGACAGCUGAUUACGCAAUCAGAGAAGAGAUUGUUCUGAAAGUGGCCAUCCUGGCAGAAAAGUAUGCCGUGGACUACACGUGGUACGUAGACACCAUCCUGAACCUGAUCCGCAUCGCUGGGGAUUACGUAAGUGAGGAGGUGUGGUACCGAGUCAUACAGAUCGUCAUCAACCGAGACGACGUGCAGGGAUACGCUGCCAAAACCGUGUUUGAGGCUCUACAGGCUCCAGCCUGCCAUGAAAACCUGGUAAAAGUGGGCGGCUACAUUCUGGGCGAGUUCGGAAAUCUUAUCGCUGGAGACCCGCGCUCAAGUCCACUUAUUCAGUUUAACCUCCUCCACUCAAAGUUCCACUUGUGUUCGGUUCCCACUCGGGCUCUGCUGCUCUCGGCUUACGUCAAGUUCAUCAACCUUUUCCCCGAGGUGAAGAGCACCAUACAGGAGGUGCUGCGUUCAGACAGUCAGAUACGUAACGCUGAUGUGGAGCUGCAGCAGCGUGCUGUAGAAUACCUGCGCCUCAGCUGCAUCGCCAGCACCGAUAUACUGGCCACAGUGUUGGAGGAGAUGCCUCCUUUCCCCGAGCGAGAAUCCUCCAUCUUGGCUAAGCUGAAGAAGAAGAAGGGAUCUGGAACAGGUACGGAGGUGGAUGAAAGUCGAAAGGAGCGCAACUUUAACGGGAACAGCGAUCACACUGUGGCUAGCACUAACGCAAAGCCUACUCCUUCAUCUUUUGCUUAUGAAGCCUUGGCUAAAGCCACGCCCCCAAUCAACAGACCACGCCCAGUUCCCAUGUCCUCCACUCUGAACACGCCUCUCUCCCACUUAUCACUUCACACUUCUGCUGUCUUCCAGGUGAACUCGUCUUCUCCUCCUUCUGACCUUCUGAAUUUGGGAAACAGCACAACUCUGAACUCUGCCAGUCCUCCAGUGGCAUCCACCACGGGCAGCCUGCUGGUGGACGUCUUCUCUGAAAACCUGUCAGCAGCCAGUUUCAGUGCCUCUACACCCAUCAUCGAGGAAAACCUGUCAAGGUUUGUGUGUAAGAAUAACGGUGUCCUGUAUGAGAACCAGUUACUGCAGAUUGGCCUGAAGUCUGAAUUCAGACAGAACUUGGGUCGCAUGUACGUGUUCUAUGGAAACAAAACUACAACACAGUUUGUGAAUUUUUCUGCCUCUGUGGUGUGCCAUGAUGCUCUCAGUAAUCAGCUGAAUAUUCACACAAAAGUGAUCGAUCCUGUAAUAGAUGGAGGAGCUCAGCUUCAGCAGGUCCUCAACAUCGAGUGCUUAACCGACUUCAUAGAUUCGCCAGUGCUCAAUAUCCAUUUCAGGUAUGGUGGCAGCAUGCAGAACAUCUCUGUGAGACUUCCCAUCACGCUCAACAAGUUCUUCCAGCCUACGGAAAUGACGUCUCAAGAGUUCUUUCAGCGAUGGAAGCAGCUAAGCGCUCCUCAGCAGGAGGUGCAAAAGAUCUUCAAGGCUAAGCAUUCCAUGGACACAGAGAUCACCAAGGCUAAGAUUAUCGGGUUUGGAACCGCACUGCUAGAGGGUGUAGACCCCAAUCCUUCUAAUUUUGUUGGUGCUGGUGUUAUACACACAAAAACGAUGCAAGUUGGCUGCCUUCUGAGAUUAGAGCCUAACACACAAGCCCAGAUGUACCGGCUCACUCUGAGGACUAGUCGAGACACCGUGUCUCAGAGGCUGUGUGAGCUGCUUUCAGAACAGUUCUGAUUGUUGCUGUAUCCCAUCAGGCCUUGCUGGUUGAUGAGGACGGUCCCUCAUUUCCUGUGUGUGAGUGUAUUAAGCUGUGGCGCUUCCCUGACACAUAAACAUCAAUAUUAACUCCAUGUACAGUGUAAAAGUCCCGAUGAAACUUAUUUUUUACUGCCAUAUAUAAGUGACCUUUUUAUCCCUUACAUUUAGCUCAACUAAUCCUUGUCUGCUUAAUCAGGCCAUCAGAUAUAUACGAGGUUUUUUUGUUUGUUUGUUUGUUUGUUUUCCUGCCAAAUGCAGACAGAUCAAUGUGUAUUAAAGAGGAAGUAGAUAACAGCAGGACAGAACAUUCUGACUGAUGUUACACUGAGUUGAAUCCUGUCGCUGAAACAAGUGCCUUGGGCUCUGGAAUUCUGUGUCCUGUGGAAGGUUCUGGAGAAGAAAGAUUUCAGUAUUUCAUUGAUCUUGUAUAGAAUGAAUCAAUUCUCAGGGGACGACACAGUAAUUCUUCUUCUGAAGUUUUUAUGAACCACAAACAUAAAUCAGAAGCCAGUGCUUUGAAAGUGUUGAAAUAAAAGUGCUUGAUCAGGUGCUUUUUUUUUUAAUAAUAUAUAAAUAAAUGACAACAAAACCGCCAUGGCUUGGCCACUGCCAGCUCUCCAUGUGCCUUCAGCGUGUGUUCCUUCAGACUGAUGCUCUGUGACCCAUGUGCCUGUUGUCCACAUCUGAGAGCAUGCUCAUGCUCUACUCUUAACUUUCAGAUGGGUUUUUGCCAAUUAAACUACAAUCUGAUACUCGU